GCGCCGCGGUCACGACGGCCUGUUCUCGUCACGAUGCCCGUCUCUUGGUGCCUUCCUUUUCUCGACCGCUCUCUCCAGCAGAACGCCCGACAAUACGCCCUCAUCGUCCUCAACCAGCCUUUUUCUCUCCCCCUCCUGCAGAGGCUCUGGAACUCGACACAAUGGCACUGCUGUGCAGACGGCGGAGCCAAUCGCUUGCACGACGCAUUUAGUGAAUUGCGACAUGCGACAUCGGAACGCGACCUCAGAACUACCUACCUACCAGACCUUAUCAAAGGCGACCUCGAUUCGUUGAGAGAUGAUGUGCGAGAGUAUUACGCUUCUCAGAAUGUCGAGAUAGUGCAAGAUGACGACCAGUACUCGACGGAUCUGAUGAAGUGUGUAUUUGCCCUUGAAGAAAAGGAACAGGCUGAGGGAUCUCAGUACGACAUAAUCAUUCUAGGGGGACUUACUGGUCGCUUAGACCAGACCGUGCACACAAUGUCUUAUCUCCACAAGCUCAGGAAGAGAAGGGAGCGCGUAUUCUGUGUCACCGACGACAACGUCGCUUGGGUUUUAGAUGGAGGCGAGCACAUCAUCCAUGUAGACCACGCAUACAUGGGCAAGACGUGCGGUCUGCUUCCUGUGGGCAUCGACUCAACUAUUCUCACCACUUCAGGCCUAGAGUGGAACCUCACCGAGGCGGAAUCGCGUUUCGAUGGCAUGAUUUCGACCUCCAAUCACCUCGUACCAGGUGAGCCCGUACGAAUAAAGACGACUAGGCCCAUAUUCUGGACUGUGGAGCUCAGAGUAUCCGCUCUGCCUUGACUGUAAUCGGAGGACGAGCUAGAAAGAAGGGCCGGUGUACAUAUAUUUGAUGAUAGAUUGAUACAGUUACCCCGCAUAUGUCCGGCGAGACUCGCGUCUU